CGCGGCCGCCGAUUGGCUAGUGGGUGGGAGGAAGGAACGUGGGAACGCCGCUGCCUCAGCCCGGUGGGAAGGUGCCGUCCGCUCUGGGCUUCCGGCCGGGCUUUCUUCUUUCGCUCUGACUGGUGCGAGCGGAGCUGCGCGAAGAGGAGGAAGGAGAAGAGGAGACGCUGCCUUCGCCGCUGCAGUCUCCUGACAAUGAGGCGGCGCUGCUGUUGCCGUAGCCGCGGCAGCCUGCUAUAGCCCAGCCGGGCUCGGCCCAGCCCAGGGGGCGGCGGGCUUUCUUGCUCUGGGCCCCCAUCAUGGGGAACACCGUCACCUGCUGCGUCUCUCCCGGCGCCAGCCCCAAGCUCGGCCGGGUCCGCGGGUCGGCGUCGGCGGCGACAGCAGCAGGAGGAGGUGGAGCGGGAGCAGGGCAGGCAGCCGCGGGGCUCGAGCGGAAGGGGGCCGCCUAUCGGGAAGCCACCGAGGCGGAAUCGGGGGACUCGGAUGCCGGCGGGGGCGGCCCCCACCUGCAGCAUAUCAGCGACCGCGAGUUCCCGGAUGAUUUAGCAUUGGAGUCAAACCCAUCUGACCAUCCUAGAGCAAGCACAAUUUUCUUGAGCAAAUCCCAAACAGAUGUGAGAGAAAAGCGGAAAAGUAAUCACAUCAACCAUGUUUCCCCAGGGCAGCUUACAAAAAAGUAUAGUUCAUGUUCAACAAUAUUUAUAGAUGACAGCACAGUCAGCCAGCCUAAUCUUAGGAGCACAAUAAAAUGUGUGACGUUAGCAAUAUACUAUCACAUAAAGAACAGGGAUUCAGAUAGAUCACUGGAUAUUUUUGAUGAGAAAUCACAUCCACUCACGCGAGAAGAGGUUCCAGAUGACUACUACAAGCAUGACCCUGAUCACAAGCACAUCUAUCGCUUUGUACGUACUCUUUUUAGCGCAGCACAGCUGACGGCGGAAUGUGCAAUCGUGACGUUGGUUUACUUGGAAAGGCUCUUAACCUAUGCAGAGAUUGACAUCUGCCCAAGUAACUGGAAGAGAAUCGUUCUAGGUGCUAUCCUGCUGGCUUCUAAGGUGUGGGAUGAUCAGGCUGUGUGGAAUGUGGAUUACUGCCAAAUUCUGAAGGAUAUUACUGUGGAAGACAUGAAUGAGAUGGAAAGACACUUCUUGGAGCUGCUGCAGUUCAAUAUCAAUGUUCCUGCCAGUGUUUACGCCAAAUACUACUUUGACCUUCGCUCCUUAGCAGACGACAACAACCUGAGCUUUCUGCUGGAGCCCCUUAGUAAAGAGCGAGCGCAGAAACUAGAGGCUAUCUCCAGGCUGUGUGAGGACAAAUACAAAGAUUUGUCAAAAGCUGCUAUGAGAAGAUCUUUCAGUGCUGAUAAUUUAGUUGGUAUUCGCCGUUCUAAUGCCAUCCUCUCCUGAGCAAGAUGGAAAGCUGUGACAUUGUGGCACCAGCAUUCCUAUGGACCAGGAAUACCACCACCACCACCACUCCAAGCUCACAAGUCAGCAGUGAUGGUAUCUUCCAGCCAGAGGACGGGGUGAGCCUAUCAAGCCAAGAAAGCCCGGAGCCAGAGGAGCAUAAUUCCAUGGGGAAAUACAAUGGGACCUUGUCAAAUCGGCACACCCCUUUCAGAAUCCAGAGGUGCAAAAACUUCUCUUCCCCCCCCCUUUCUCCCCUCUCCUCCCCCACCUCUCCAAUCCACAGAUGUUUGCUUACUGUGUAGGCCUAUAGCUGUGAACUGUGAGUUUUUAAUGACUAGUUUUAAAUUUUAGAAUUUGAACAUUAACACGAUGAUAGUCACAAUGUUCUUUCCCCAUCAGUCAUGCAGGACCGUGCUGCCAUGUCUUUCGGAGUCAAUGCAGUGUUAAUGGGACUCUUAACACGGUAUAAAGCCACUCUGGAGCUGAUGCUGUAGCACUGACGAGUGAAAGGUGACGGUUCUUCUCUUCUGGCCCUCCCACCCCCACUGUACACUUACUGUUGACGGCUGCACUGGUGUUCAGUUUAAGUCCAAGGAGCUGCUGAGCAGCAGGCUGUGCUGACUGACCGUGUAAACGCAAUCUUGACACUUGAGAUUUCAAGGGGUUGGGAAUGUUAGGGACAGGAGCAGAGAAAUGGUAUUCAGUGUUAACUGGUCUGGAAACAAGUUGGUAGGGUCCAUUUCUUGUCAACUUUGGUGCUUCUCAUGUUCUUGUACUUCUAGUCAAGCCCUGUGAGAGAGACAGUCCAUACUCCAUUUCUUUGCCUGAAGUGCUGAAUAGAGCAACAUUGGGAGCUUAGCCCAAACAAGUGUACUGACUUGGUAAUGAACUGACAAUAAAGCUGCUCUGCUAAACUCUCCCCUACAAAUAAUUCAUGUGGGGCAAGGCCUGCUUUUGUCCCAUGCUUCCAAAAGACUUUAAAUUUGCACGGUCUCAGACUUGUUCAGGGGAUAUGGUCGACAUUUGCCAUAACUGCUUUUAAGCUUUUUUCCCCCUUAAAAGCCUAAUAUGUAAUGCCCCUUGCUGCAGAAGUAAACUUCUAGAUUUGACUCUUGCUGUAAAUUAAGUUGUCUUUUCCAGAAUAGGAACUUGGAAUGAAUCAAAUUUUCCUGCUCCUAAAACUGGGAAUCAUUAAUGGAUUUCCUGGGUUACAAACUUUAGCACCUCCCAGUCAAAAGGUUUAAGCGGUUUACCCAUUAAAACAUCCCACAUGUAGAGUAGCACAAAGUCUUGUGCAGCCCUUCUUGCAGUUUCUGACUCCUUUGUUCUGUUUAAUAUCAAGCCCAACUUCCUCCUUGAGUGUUCUGGGGCACUCAGACUGUUAGUCUCCUGCAGUAUUCUAAUCUACCAGCUCCAGGCAGGCAUUCUACAGAGUCUGUGGUUUCAGGUAUUGAUCACAGUUCAAUUUUGAAACAAAUGCUACAUCUUCAGGUGGCUUUCCUUUCUCAUGUUUGUAUUAAAAGAGAAGCUAAUAAUAAACUCUAUUUUAAUUAA